CUUCAGCGCCCAGUGACGACAAUGAGAUCUUUCUCUUUACUUGGCUGUUGAAUGUCCCUGAUACACACUAUAUUUGAAGAACAUUUCCUACAUCUUGACCGCCUUUAUUGUCGACUUGGUAGUUUGUAAUAUCUCACAACUGAUACUCCGGUCACUUUAUCUGGAUUCAAAAUAUAAACUAUGCCAGCAGACUGUUAUUGCUCCUAGAUGAGUCAUGGGCUUUCAUCCUCCCCGUGGUUACCGGUGUGACUGGAUCUAGGCAUUGAUUGCAUCUGCCAUUCAGUCUCGGACCACGGCUACCACCAGCCUCAAAUAAUCGCCACAAAAAAAGCAGUGGCAAUCAAUCAUCAACCUUCUUCAGGUGUCUCCGCAGGCUGCGAUCCAGGCAACGAGCUCUUCACCCUCGGUCGGAUACAUCGGGGGAGAGCCUUGCCCUCUCCAUUCAGACUGCCCUACAGUCAAACCUGCCAGCUAUCCAAGAGAGUUUGUGACUUGAGAUACAAACAUCGGGCGGGGAAGAUCCAUCCGAGCCCUCAUUGCGGCUGUGGUGAAGCUACCAGGAGUUGCGGCGUCAUUGGUGGCCGCCCUCCCGCUCUCAGACCCAACGCGUCCUUCCCGCGAUCCGACCUGCGCGACUCCAACCUUCUCCACAUCUUUCUCACCCACCUUCCCCUACCACCCAUUCGCACCCCCCAACAUCCCUCUCUCAACCAAUUCCUGAACCUUUCACCGCGACAUCCUGGGCACUGCAAUCAUGGCCGACGAUACCCCUGUCGCUGCCCCCGCUGAGGCUGUCGAACAGCCCGAGCGCGCCGCGGCCGCGGCCGGCGACAAGCCUGCCGACCAGGAGUCCGAGAACGUGACCACCAACGACGACAAGAAGACCGACCCCACAAGCGCAAAUGACGAGAAGAAGGAAGCCGAAGCUGGCGCCGACAAGGCUGCCGAUUCUGAAAAUGCGACGGAGACCAAGGACGAGCCCGCUGCUGCCGACGGAGAUGCUGAGACAGCUGCCCCAGAGGCGAAUGGAACCCCAGCCUCUUCCAAGCAGUCCUCCAAGGACCGCCGCCGGUCCACUGGUGCCGCCGAGAAAUCCAAGCUUAACAAGCGCAAGUCGAUGACCAAGAUCACUAAUCUGAAGGUGCAGCCCGGCGAGUACUACCUUGCGCGUCUGCGCAGCUAUGCGCCAUGGCCAUCCAUCAUCUGCGAUGAGGAGAUGCUGCCGCAGUCUCUGCUUGAUACCCGCCCCGUCACAGCGGCGCAACCUGAUGGAACUUACCGUGCCGAUUACGCAGAUGAUGGAAAGCGGGCCCAUGAGCGCACCUUCCCCGUCAUGUUCCUCCAGAGCAACGAGUUCGCCUGGAUCCCCAAUACUCAACUCACCCCGAUCACCCCUGCCGAGUGCAAGGACGUCUCCCCGAAGAACAAGGCCAAGGGCCUGAUCGAGGCCUACAAGGUUGCCGCGGAGGGUCACGACCUUGCAUAUUUCAAGCAGAUGCUGUCCGAUCACGAGGCUGCGAUCCAGCAGGAGAUUGAAGAGGAGGAGGCUGCCGAGGCUGCAAAGGCUGCUGCCAAGGCCGAGAAGGAAGCCGCAAAGGAGGCUGCCAAGGAGGCUAAGAAGGCCGCCGGCAAGAGCAAGCGCAAAAGCAAGGGCCCCGAUACCGAUGUCGAGAUGGAGGAUGCAGAUGACUCCAAGAAGGCCAAGACCUCCAAGAAGCGCAAGAAUGAGACCGAUGGUGACGCAGAGAAGCCCGCCAAGACUCCCAAAACUAGCACUAAGCUGAAGUUGACUACCCCCAAGGCGCCUGCGGAGGAGAAGAAGACACCCGCUAGCAAGGCAAAGAAGCCUACAUCCAAGAAGGCCAAGGCGGCCGAGGAAGACAGCACCCCCGAGGUCAAGGAGCCGGAGAAGCACGUUGACCCCGAGGAGUUGAAGAAAAAGAAGGAGAAGGAGGUUCUUUUCCUGCGUCACAAGCUGCAGAAGGGGUUCAUUUCUCGCGAAAUGCCGCCUAAGGAGGAUGAGAUGGCCGCCAUGGCCGGCUAUUUCGACAAGCUGGAGAAGCACUCUGACCUCGAAGUUUCCAUCAUCCGCUCGACCAAGAUCAACAAGGUUUUGAAGAUGAUCGUCAAGCUGGACACUAUUCCCCGUGAUGAGGAAUUCCACUUCCGCCACCGCGCAAUGGGAAUCCUGACCAGCUGGAAGAGCGUGCUGGAGACCGACGCCCCGGCUCCCUCCGACAAGGAGGCCAAACCCACCGCCAACGGCGCCCACAAGGACGACGAUGCCGCCGAUACCCCCAAGGUGGAGACUGAGGAGGAGAAGGAGACGGAGAGCAAGGCCGCCAACGAUGAUACCCCGAUGCCCGAUGCCGAGAAGGCCGAUGAGAGCGAACGCAAGGAAUCCGCCGAGGAUGAGAAAGCCAAGGAGAAGACCGUUGAGGCUGCCGCUUAAGCGCACAAUGGUAGGAACUGGGCUUACAAGUACAUGCUCUGGAGUUUCGACGUGUUUUCCUUUUUCCAAUCUUGUGUCCUUGUUUUCCUUGUUAUCCUCCUCAUGAUGGGACCGGUCUGGGCGCUCUGCCCUUCUCUGCUGUGAUACUGAAAUUUCUGAUGUCUUUCCUCUACUUUACUCCGUCUUGUCCGAAUUGGGACUUAGACUUUGUUCUUGUUAUGCUAUUUCUCUUCCCUCUCUCCCUGAUAAUCCACCCCUUGCGUUGCCAAUGCCAUGUAAUAUCGAAUCUUGUAUCUGGGGUUAGCACUGGGCUGGGCUGGGCUCUCUAUGGUUCUGGCCCGGUAAUUUGUUUGUGUAUUUCAAAGGCAAUGAAAAAUGAUGUCUUUUCUUUCAAUUCAUUCUUUCUUGAGUGACUCGUCUGUAGGAGAUGCGUGGCUGUGGUUUAUUCUAGUAAGGUUGAGGUCUUAGUACAACAGGACUGAUUAUGGGUGGAGGUUUCGUGAUUUACAUUCUGGCUCGUGGUUGACACUACUGGACUGCCCGUAGCGUAGGCAGCGGGGAAGGGGAGAAAUAAAAAAUCGAAGAUUGUCC